ACUCGGAGCAGACUCACUCGCUCAAGCAAGCGGAAGACUUGCGAGCUGGUCUUCCUCGCCAUCGGCGGUUAUUCCCUCGCCGCCCGCCGCCGCUGCUCCGGGGACGAGGUUUCCGGCCGGCCUGAAUCGGAGGGGGAGGGGGUGUCCUGCGGAGAGAAAUGGAGGCCGCGGUGACGCCGGUGAUCGCCGGGAUCGGGAAGACGAGGUUCGACUCCGGAUGGCUCGCGGCGAGAUCGACGGAGGUGGAGCUCACCGGGGCCCAGCUCACCACGACGCAUCCCCCGACGGGAGCCGAUCCUCCGUGGAUGGAGGCCGUCGUCCCCGGGACUGUUUUAGCAACCCUGGUAAAGAACAAGGCAGUUCCAGAUCCUUUUUAUGGGUUAAAUAACGAGGCCAUUAUAGAUAUUGCUGAUUCUGGAAGGGAACACUACACAUUUUGGUUCUUUACGACUUUCCAAUGCAAGCUGCCUGAAGCACAACACCUUGAUCUGAAUUUUCGAGCAAUUAACUACUCUGCUGAAGUAUACUUAAAUGGGAACAAAAAGGUUCUUCCAAAAGGAAUGUUCAGAAGACAUCAACUUGAUGUAACUGACAUUCUCCAUCCUAAUGGACAAAACAUGCUAGCAGUUCUUGUUCACCCCCCAGAUCACCCUGGCAAAAUACCUCCAGAGGGAGGACAAGGUGGGGACCAUGAGAUCGGAAAGGAUGUCGCAACGCAAUAUGUUCAGGGUUGGGACUGGAUGGCUCCUAUAAGGGAUCGUAAUACUGGCAUAUGGGAUGAAGUAUCAGUUUCCGUCACUGGGCCUGUAAAGUUAAUUGAUCCCCACUUGGUGUCAUCAUUUUUCGACAACUAUAAGAGAGUAUACUUGCAUUGUACGACUGAGUUGGAAAAUAGAAGUACAAGGGUUGCUGAAUGCUCUUUGAGCAUCGAAGUGACUGCAGAACUAGAGGGCAAUUUCACCUUGAUAGAGCAUCUUCGGACUGAGCAUCGGUCAAUUUCACCCGGGGCUCGGAGUCAACAUACAUUUACAGAGCUGUUUUUCUAUAAGCCAAAUCUAUGGUGGCCCAAUGGCAUGGGAAAGCAGUCACUUUACCAUGUUGCUAUCAGUGUUGAAGUGAAAGGAUUUGGAGAGUCUGAUUCAUGGAGACAUCUAUUUGGAUUCCGCAAAAUUGAAAGUCAUAUUGAUAGUGCAACUGGUGGAAGGUUGUUCAAGGUUAAUGGGCAGCCCAUCUUUAUUCGUGGGGGUAAUUGGAUUUUAUCAGAUGGAUUACUGCGACUUUCAGAGAAACGCUACGAGACCGAUAUCAAAUUCCAUGCUGAUAUGAAUUUCAACAUGAUCCGCUGUUGGGGUGGUGGAUUAACAGAAAGGCCAGAAUUUUACCGUUAUUGUGAUAUGUAUGGUCUUCUGGUCUGGCAAGAAUUUUGGAUUACUGGUGAUGUUGAUGGACGUGGAGAUCCAGUGUCCAAUCCGGAUGGCCCCCUGGAUCAUGACCUAUUUCUUGUGUGUGCAAGAGACACUGUCAAGCUUUUAAGGAAUCAUGCAAGUCUGGCUCUUUGGGUUGGUGGAAAUGAACAAGUUCCACCAGUUGACCUCAACACAGCUCUAAAGGAUUACCUUAAACUUCAUCCCUAUUUUGAAAAGGUGGAUGAACAUGACAAAAUUUUAGAAGAUUUGAAUAAUGAGGAGGAAGAUCCCAGCCUCUACCUCGAUGGAACACGCAUCUAUGUUCAAGGGUCCAUGUGGGAUGGGUUUGCUGAUAGCAAGGGUGGCUGGACCGAUGGCCCUUACGAGAUCCAGUAUCCAGAAAGCUUCUUUAAAGAUGACUUUUACAAUUAUGGAUUCAAUCCAGAAGUGGGUUCUGUGGGUAUGCCUGUUGCGGCUACCAUCAGAGCAACAAUGCCUCCGGAAGGAUGGCAAAUUCCUAUCUUCAAGAAACUUCCAAAUGGUUACACUGAAGAAGUUCCAAAUCCUAUAUGGCAAUACCAUAAGUACAUACCAUACUCAAAACCAGACAAGGUUCAUGAUCAAAUCGAAGUCUACGGUACCCCCACAGAUCUUGAUGACUUCUGUUUGAAGGCUCAGCUCGUAAACUACGUACAGUAUAGAGCUUUAUUGGAAGGCUGGACUUCUCAUAUGUGGAGAAAAUUUACGGGGGUUCUCAUAUGGAAGACGCAGAAUCCUUGGACUGGGCUUAGAGGUCAAUUUUACGAUCACCUACUUGAUCAGACAGCAGGGUUCUAUGGCUGCCGUUCAGCUGCAGAGCCGAUCCAUGUUCAACUUAAUCUAGCCACCUAUUCUAUUGAGGUUGUUAAUACAACAUCAGAUGAGCUCUCUGGCAUAGCAAUAGAAGCAUCGGUAUGGGAUUUGGAGGGAGCAUGUCCAUACUACAAGGUUUUUGACAAACUUUCAGUGCCACCCAAAAAGACUGUUUCCAUUGUGGAGAUGAACUAUCCCAAGUCGCAAAGUCCAAAGCCUGUCUACUUCCUUCUUCUUAAACUCUACCAUAUGUCUGAUUCUGGUAUCAUAUCUAGGAACUUCUACUGGUUACAUGUGUCUGGUGGUAACUACAAGCUUUUGGAAGCAUACAGGAAGAAGAAAGUACCUCUCAGGAUCACAUCUAGGGCUUAUGUCAGAGGUUCCACAUACGAAAUUGACAUGCAUGUGCAAAACACUUCUAGAAGGCUGAACUCUCAAAAUUUAACGUACCGGAAUAUUUUCAGUAGAAGGCAUCGUGUGGGAGACAUUGACUUGGCCUCUUUGGGUUCUGACCAAGCUGCUAAGGAGGUAAAACGUCAAUCUGGUUUACUUCAGGGAGCGGCCAAGUGCUUUUCUGGUUUACUUCAGGGAGCGGCCAAGUGCUUUUUGAAGGAAGCUAAUAGUCCAAGCGUUGCCAUUAUAAAUGGGACCGACGUUGGAGUGGCUUUUUUCCUUCAUUUCUCUGUUCAUGCUAUGAAGACAGACCGCAAGGAAGGAGAGGACACGAGAAUCCUUCCUGUUCAUUACUCGGAUAAUUACUUCUCUUUAGUACCAGGCGAAAUUAUGACCACCAAAAUCUCUUUCGAAGUUCCACCAGGUGUUACUCCUCGAGUCACGCUCAAUGGCUGGAAUUACCAUGGUGGGCAUACAGUCCACUGAGGUGAGAAAUGUUCAUAGUCCUGUCUGUUCUUACCAUUCUAUGGAGGGAACGUGCUUUUCAGAUUGAUGUCUCCGCCCUUAAGUCCUUGUCCAGGCUGUGUUAAAUUCGCGCAUCAGUUUCCUUGGUUAAAUCUUCAUCAGCAGUUUCUCACCGUCCGACUGGAAAUUAAGCAUCGUCACUGGAAGAGUCCAGUAUUUUCGCCUCUUCACACUCUCGGAGUUUCUUGGGGAAUGCUGCGGGAUGCUCCAACCACAUCAAUCAGUCUUGCCUUGAAUCGUUGACAAUGUCAAUUGUUGAAGCGAAUGUAUUUAUAAACAUGCGUGCUUUCUCCGUGCUAUACUCAUUUCAGGAAUCUUUAUUAUCUGUAUAGAGAAACAGAUAAAGAAACGUGAGAGAAUAAACGGGGGAAACAAUCUUUCCUCCUAUCUUUAUUCCUGGAUGUUUCCCCACUUCUUAGAAAUGACAAGUUGAUAAAUAUA